UGGAGUCCAGUCAGCCUGGCUGGGAGCGUGGUCAAUCUCUGGGGUAAUAAUGCAGCUCACAUCUGGGGAAAUGGAAGUGAAGCACCUUCCCAGCCUCGCACUCCUCACUGCAGCAGAGCUCUCCAGACCCUACUGCUGAGGGCAGAGGGACCUCUCCCCGGUUCAGCUCAGCCUUUCCCGGGGCAGCUGGGCAACACUCAGCACAGGCAUCUCUCCUACACCUCCUCUUCACUUGGGAUGAAGGGUCUGGGGACCAGGUCAACGUGGAGGUAUCCGGCCACCAUGCUCAGUCUCAAGAUGCCUCAACUCCUUCGAGUCCAUCAGGUCCCCCGGGUGUUUUGGGAAGAAGGCAUCAUGUCUGGCUACCGAUGCCCCACAAGCUCUGCCUUAGACUGUGUUCUCAGCUCCUUCCAGAUGACUAAUGAGACGGUCAACAUCUGGACUCACUUCCUGCCCACCUGGUACUUCCUGUGGCGCCUCCUGGCGUUAGGCAGCCCGGGCUUUCGCGCGGACCCAUACCACCUACCGCUGCUGGUCUUCCUACUGCCCGCCUGCCUCUAUCCCUUCGCAUCCUGCUGUGCGCACACCUUUAGCUCCAUGUCGCCUCGUGCUCGUCACAUCUGCUACUUCCUGGACUACGGGGCGCUCAGCCUCUACAGCCUGGGUGAGCUGAGGGCAGUGGGGUUGGAUGGUGGUGCAGAGGGUGAGCCCUCAAGCCUCAGCUCGCACCUCGCCACAGGCUGCGCCUUCCCCUAUGCCGCCUACUCCAUGCCGGCCUCCUGGCUGCACAGCCGCCUACACCAGCUCUUCGUGCCCGCUGCUGCGCUCAACUCUUUCCUGUGCACCGGCCUCUCCUGCUACUCGCGGUUCCCAGAGCUAGAAUACCCCGGGUUCAGCAAGGCUCUCCGCACGGCUGCCUUUGCCUACCCCUUCUUGUUUGACAACCUCCCACUGUUCUACAGGCUGCGGCUGUGUUGGGGCGGGGCCCACAGCUGUGGGCGGGACGCGCUGAGCUCCAACCAUGGUUACCACCUCCUCUGCGCUCUGCUCUCAGGCUUCCUUUUUGCAGCCCGUCUACCAGAGCGCCUGGCACCUGGGCGCUUCGACUAUAUUGGCCACAGCCACCAGCUGUUCCAUAUCUGUGCCGUGCUGGGCACCCACUUCCAGCUGGAAGCGGUGCUGGCUGAUAUGGGAUCCCGCAGAGCCUGGCUGGCCGUGCAGGAGCCCACCCUGGGUCUGGGGGCCACUGUAGCCACCUUGAGCCUGGCAGUGAUUGGGAACCUGUUUAUCAUUGCUGCUUUCACGGCCUCCUUGCUGCGGAUGCCUGGACCCUGCCCCCUGCUGCAGGGUAGCCCACUGGAAGAGGGACUCCAAGCUAAACAACAGUAAGGCCCAUUGGCAUGGAGGGAGGGAGAGGCCAGGUCUCACUGCCUCGGAAGAGCCCUGCCUGACAUGGGCCUGAGAAGGUGGCGACUAUUCUGACCCUGAAAGGGGUAGCUGAAGAGAAGAGGCUCUCUAGGGACAGGUGGAAGGACGGAAGACCCAAGAGGCAGGUGGUGAAGGUCUAAAUUAACACAGGUACCAGGCGGGGAGCAGAGUGGGGAUGUGAGGCCUCUCCUGGGGCUUCUGCCCAGCUGCCCCAGGACCUUGCUCACCUCAGGUCACCCUGAGAUCUUGUUCCAUCGGGGCCACAUACCCACCCUGCCCCAGGGCCAGACUGUGCCUCUUGUCAGCAGCUCUGUAUCUACUCACUGCUGCCUGUCUUGCUCACCACUGUGACCAAGCCUUUGCCAAUUUGUGUGUUUGGAUGUGUCCCCGGUGAGAUAAUGGUUGUGGUGGGGAUUGCUGUGGGGAGGUAGGCUAUGGGACUUUAGGAAGGAAAGUUUUCUUGUUUGUUUGUUUUUGUUGUUGUUUUUGUUUUUGCUAUCCAUCACAAAGCAGUAUAAUAAAGAAGCAAAUGAACUGGA